AUGGCGGUCGUUGCGCGGCCUGUUCUGAAGAAGCGCAGGCUUUCCAGCUCUGCGGACAUGCAACAGGCCAUAUCGCAGCCAGGCGCCAUCAGGAUUAAUGUCACCGGAGCAUAUAUCAUCGACCAUGGAGACGAGGAUUCCUCACCCGACCGAUCACCGCCUAGUAGCUCGGAAGCAAGCGAAGAGCAAACUUACCAACAUCAUAAACGAGACAUACGACUUCCAAAUCACACCUCCGUCGUGAGCCAUGUAGCCGCUGAUAUCGGAGGCUCCCUGGCCAAAGUGGUGUAUUUCUCUCGAGAGAAUGACAAUGCAGAGUCUGGUGGAAGACUGAAUUUCCUAUCGUUCGAAACCGAUAAGAUCGAUGACUGCAUUGAGUAUCUCAAGACCCUGCAAGUGAAGCACCAACGGGCCAAUGGCAUGGAUAAGGCCACCAAGCUUAGCAUUCAGGCUACGGGAGGCGGUGCGUACAAAUUCUACGAUAGAAUCAAGGCGAGGCUUGGUGUGGAGGUGGAGCGGGAAGAUGAGAUGGAAUGCUUGAUCAAAGGCCUCGAUUUCUUCAUCACCCAGAUUCCUAACGAAGUGUUCACGUACAACGACAGCGACCCAGAGAAUGCAGUGAAUUUCCAGGAGCCCAAGGAGGAUGUUUACCCCUAUCUGUUGGUGAACAUUGGGAGUGGUGUGUCCAUGAUCAAGGUCUCUGGGCCUUCAGAAUAUCAACGUAUCGGCGGUACUUCCCUGGGAGGAGGAACGCUCUGGGGCCUUUUGUCCUUGUUGACAGGUGCUCGGAAUUUCGAUGACAUGCUGAGCAUGGCAGACAAGGGUGACAAUGGUGCAGUCGAUCUUCUCGUGGGCGAUAUCUACGGCGAGGGCAUGGGUUACGAAAAGAUUGGGUUGAGUGAGAGGACGAUCGCAAGUAGUUUCGGCAAAGUGCUCAAGCGCAAGCGGCAGGCCGAAAGGGAGGCCGAGGACGGCAACCUCACCAAUGGCGAUCACACUCGGAGCAAGUUCACACCCAACACCAUGGACAUGGAUGACGCUGCCGGAAGCGGACUGGUCGGUGACGGUCGGAUGUUCAAGCCUGAAGACAUCUCGCGUAGCUUGCUAUAUGCGAUCAGGUAAGUUGGGCAAUAACACUUGGGAGGCAGAGCACUGACGAUGCGGCCAGUAACAACAUCGGUCAGAUCUCAUAUCUGCAAUCCGAGAAGCACAAUCUCAAGCGAAUCUAUUUCGGCGGAUCGUUCAUUCGAGGGCACCAGCAGACGAUCCACACGCUCUCGUUUGCCAUUAAAUUCUGGAGCAAGGGCACCAAGCAAGCCUUCUUCUUGAGGCACGAAGGAUACCUCGGAGCCGUGGGAGCUUUUGUGAAGAGGAAGCCUGCGAAUUGGGGAAGGGGAAGAAGUGCAGAGCCGGGGAACUGA